AUGACCUCAAUCAACUUAAACCUAAUAACAGCCUUUUUACUAGCCCUAGCAGGAGUCCUAAUAUAUCGAUCCCACCUAAUAUCAACUCUACUAUGCUUAGAAGGUAUAAUACUAUCACUAUAUAUUAUAUUAUCCCUCCUAAUUUCCCACUUCCACAUAUUCUCCUUAUCAAUAGCACCACUAAUCCUACUAGUAAUCUCAGCAUGUGAAGCAGCUGGAGGAUUAGCAUUAUUAGUAAAAAUAUCUAACAACUAUGGCAACGACUAUGUACAAAACCUAAAUCUCCUACAAUGCUAA